AUGAAGCCCGUUCAACUUUUCCUCUUUGCCACCCCCAUCCUCGCCGGUGUGGCACCAGCCACCGCCGCCGAAAAGUGCGGAAACCUCGGCGUGAUGGCUUAUACCGCCGCAUCUCUCGACGCCGCCGGUGGCGUGGAUCCCGCCCAGAUCCGCGCUUGCCAGGAGCACCCCCUGGGCCCGGACCCUCGACCCGAACAUGCCGUCGGACCCCGUCCCCAGGCCUCCCCCACCCCCACUCCCUCCCCCGCUUCGUCCUCUAUUGAGGACGUUGACGGCAAGGAAGGAAACUCCACCGUGAGCCACUGGGGCUGGGGCUGGCACCACGGCGGCUGGGGCAACUGCUGGGAUGUCGAUCCCGGAGACUAUGGUUGUUCGGGGGGCUACUGCUACAAGGCUUGCGACGGCGACGGGCGGUGGUGCUGGACCGCCCGCAAUAAAGGCUACGGAUCUUGGAAGAAGUGCGAUACAAAGUCUGAUUGCGCGAAUAUGGAUGAUCUCGCAUGCGGCCGGGGUUGCAAGUCUUGUGGUUGCAGCUGCUAG